GUAAGAUGACGCGUGAUUUAGGCGCGACACUUUGAAAAACAGACCGAAUUUGGAUGUGAAAGGCCAACGCGUUUUGUCGUUUAAAUUGGAUGCAAAAAUACUCACAUUGUAAUGGGUGUGCAGGAUCUGUGGUCUACAAUUGGGCCGAUUAGAGAAUCCGUGCCGUUAUACAGCUUAACUGGACAGACUUUAGCCGUGGACCUCAGCCUGUGGGUCUGCGAGGCGCAGCACGUCCAGGCUAUGAUGGGGAGAGUCACCAAGCCUCAUCUAAGGAAUUUAUUUUUUAGAGUGUUGUCCCUCACACUGAUGGGGAUCAAGUUGGUCUUCGUCAUGGAAGGUGAAGCCCCGAAGCUGAAGGCAGAAACAAUGAGCAAGAGGACCGAGAGCCGCUUCGGAGGGGUCAAAAAGGCUCCUUCAAAAUCAACAAAAAACACAACAACAAUAAAAAGCACCGGUAGAGGGCGCUUUAUGGCCGUGCUCCGAGAGUGUGCAGACAUGCUGGACUGUCUGGGUGUUCCGUGGGUGACUGCAGCCGGGGAGGCUGAGGCCAUGUGUGCCUACCUGGACUCCCAGGGCCUGGUAGACGGCUGUAUCACCAACGAUGGAGACGCCUUCUUGUAUGGAGCCAAAACUGUUUACAGGAAUUUCAGCACGACAACUAAGGACCCGCUGGUAGACUGCUACCGCACAUCUCGAGUACAAUCUGAACUGCAUCUGUCCAGAGAGGAUCUGGUGGGUCUGGCCAUCCUUCUAGGCUGUGACUACAUUCCUAAGGGCAUACACGGAGUUGGUAAAGAACACGUUUUGAAGCUUAUUCAGAAAUUGAAAGGACAAACACUUCUACAAAGGUUUCGCCAAUGGCAGGAGGAGGGUCCCUGCGUACCAGUGGGGGCUACAAAGAAGGUUGCCCAUUGCAAAUUAUGUCUCCACCCUGGCUCCGCCAAGGCCCAUGAGCAACAGGGCUGCCUGCUGUGCCACAGCCGGCAGUUCUGCCAGCCACAGGACUACGACUACCAGUGCCCGUGUGACUGGCACAGAACAACACAACAGGCAAACUCCUUCGAGGCUGGCAUCAGAAAGAAAACACUGGCAAGUGAACAUUUCCCCUUUACAGAGAUCAUAGAGGAAUUUCUCAUCUCCAAGGAUAAGCCUGUGCCAAAGUUUAGGUGGGGGAAGCCAAAUAUGUUGCCAAUGCAGAAAUUUGCCCUUCUGAAGAUGGAGUGGCCGAAGCACUACACCAGUGAGAAGGUGCUGGUCCUGAUGACCUACACUGACCUCAUGAACAGAAUAUGCCGGAAAGAGGCGUCUUCACAAAUCAAACCCCUUCGAAUAUUGAAACCAAGAGUGAGGAAUGGAGUGGCCUGUUUGGAAAUCGUCUGGAGCACACCGGAGCACUAUGCGUUUCCCGAGGACAAUCCCUUGGAGGGCCAGGGCGAGGUGAGGACAGUGGAAGAGGAGGCUCUCUUCUCCCGGGCCUACCCAGAUGUGGUGGAGCGCUACCAGGCAGACAAGGCCCUGGCAGAGGAGGACAAGACCAAGAAGAAGAAAGUAAAGAGUAAGAAGGAGAAGCCCACCGACGUGUGCGAUGGGCUCACAGUCCUGCUGGCCCACAUUAACCUGCAGAACUCAGCGGGAUCGGAACCGGACGCGUGUGAACAGUCUGCACCUCCGCCUCCGCCGACUGCACCUGAACACAGCCCAGAAACCUUUGGUGUUGACCUGCCGGCGCCCCAAUCCCAACAACCCAAGCACCCUCAACUCGGAGAGGACCGCUGCCCUCCUCACUGCGUGGAAUCAGCCUCGUCCUUCGCCACACGCCCGGCCGCCGCGGCCUCGCCCUCCGUCUCCGCCAUCGUGGACCUACUGCACCUGAGUGACAUCGACUGGGACGGCUCCUUCACGUCCUCCCCGCGGGCCAGCCCCGCCCCAAGCGCCUCGACGGCAGAGCCCUGGGGGGCUCCAGAGGCCGGCGGCGGGGUUGAGGAGAGCCUCCCCACUGGGGGUGUGGCGCCCGGACCCGGGCCAGCGGGUCCCAGGCCCGCUCAGGAGGUGGGCUACAUGGAAAGACCCCUGAGGGAGAGGCUCCUCAUGCGAAACAUGGCCGUAACAGGCCAGACGAAGACCACUGAAGACCCGUUGACAAAGCAUCUCGAUCACCAGUCCCAGGGCCCACAUGGUGCGGCCCCUGGUAAAGCUGCCCCUAGCACCCAGCUGUCAGAUAAGCAUUACGCGCUGGACGGAAAUAAAACUAGUAAAUGUAGUCAAAGUAGCACAAGUAAGGCAUCUCGGGACCGUCACGUUUCGCAACUAUGUGCAUUGGCCUCAGCACAAGGUCGCAGCAAGGGCAUAUACGCCGGGAGCAGAGCGCCUCGGACUCAUUCAGACUCGGUCACAGCAGCCUUAUCUUCGGCCUCCAUCAUUCCCCGCCAGCGUCACUUUGACCCGGUCACCCUGGGUAACGGAGACAGGAAGCCACCUCCUCAGGGCGCCAAGAGGAGCGUGUGCACUGCCGCAUGUUCCUCCAGCGAGGAAAGUGGCGCCGAGAACCGACCCGCGGGAGCCGAGAGGAGGGCCAAGUCCAAGUCACUCAGACAUACAAAGCUCAAGCCUGCUUCUAAGGCGCCUGCAGCUCCAAAGAGAGACAAGUCCUCUGGCUGGUCUUCCUCAGGCUCCACGUCGCAGGCCGUCCAGCGACCCGAAGCCUCUCCAGAUGAGUGCUUUAUUGACGGCCUUCCAGAGACCAGUCCGGGCCAGGAUGUGUUCAUCGCAUGUGCCCCGUCCUCCCCUGUGACGAUUCUGGACAGCGACGACUCGCUUUCCGGGGGUGAGAGCCCACUGCCCCUCGCCGAGAGGCUCAGGCUCAAAUAUCUGAUGUGAAGGCCAUUGUGUUAUCUAUGUCCCAGAAUAACUUCAAUGUCGAUGUGAAUCAUGUCCUUGCAUAUCUUUUACUUACUUAGUUAUAUUUUACUGUGGUAUUAUGUUGUGUUAUUUAAAAAAGUUGUAUCAGUUCACAGUAUAACUAUCCCUCUUUAUACUGUUUUAAGCUUUUUUAUAAUCAGUCGAAAGGUUGGAAAAGAAAAAUGUAUGAUAAUCUUGAUUGUAUUAAAGCCAUGCGCACCUCAUGGUAAUACAU